AUUCUUCAAAAUAUUCGUAUUUCUAAGAAACAUGUGUAACAUUUUAACAAAUACUAAUACAGCGAAAUUCUAUUUUUUGACAAUGGACAUUAUUUUAUUUUGCAUACAGGCAAUGAAGCUGUAAAGGUGGAACGGUUGUAUUUACCUUCUGGGAACUAUGCUGAUCUUGUUUUAUGUACCACACUCAAUAUGUCUGGAUACUGUGAUUGGACAAAAGUACUGAACAUAUUUUUCCAAGCUGAAGAAUAAAUCAGGUAAUACGUAACCAGAUGUGUUACACAAGUUGAUAAAUGACUAUGGAUGAAGCUUCAAUCUCUCUCCCGAGAAGAAGUGAAAAAGAUACAGGAUGGGCAUGGAUGAUAUCGCUCGGAACAACGUUACACGUCUUUAUUCUUAUCGGUACAGCAAAAUCAUUUGGGUUAUUUUUUGUCGAAUUUCUAUGGUUCUACGACACCAACUCCUCCAUUUUGUCCGGAAUGCUGGCUGCACAAACACUUACAGUAAGCUUGUCAUCUUUGUUUGUGUUAAAUAUUGGUUCUAAACUUCUAGGAAACCGUAUGUUGAUAAUAAUUGGAGGUUUUAUAUCUUUCUCUGGAUACCUGCUGAGUGCUUUCUCGCCAAACAUUGGAGUGUUAGUGUUGUCACAAAGCGUACUUUAUGGUGUGGGAUGCGCAUGCACUACAGGACCAGUGUUUGUUGUACUGAAUACCUACUUUGAGAAACAUCUUGGUUUUGCUAAUAGUUUUGCCUACGUUGGAGGGAGUGUAGGAAGUCUUGUUUUGGCCUGUGAUUAUAAGGAAACUUUUAGAUAACUAUGGUUUACAAGGAGCUUUGUUAGUGGUUUCUGCUCUUAUUUUAAACAAUGUUAUUGUUGGAUCUUUGAUGCGUCCCUUUUUGUCGGAAUCUGUAGUUGAAAAGGAGGCUGACGAUUCUGAAAGCGAGGCGGACGUGUUGAUAAUGAAAAGAAAUCUGUUAAAAGACGAAAUUUCCGUUUCAGUUGAUAAUGUUUCUGGAUACUUUUCCCGACAAAAGUACCAGGUUGAGGACCAAGAACUAUUUUUGAGCCUAACUGAUAAAAGUGUCGACAUUAAAAGGAGCCUUUCAUACAACUUCUUUUUGGAUAAAAAAGAAAAUGAAAAGAAUAAAUUCAAAGUACCAGAAAAAUCAGAAUAUUUGGUCGAGCGUUUUACAAGUAGCAACAUUAACAUUGAUGGUAGUAUGGGAACACCAGAGACAUUUUGGACAACACAUAAGUGUAGUGUGAGAACUUUACCACAAGAUACACCAGAGGAAAGUUCUAUAGAAAGCAAAGAAAGCAAGUCGUCCGAAUUUUGUUUCAACCAAUACAUCAUAGAUAUGACAGUUCUUCGGAAUCGAAAAUUACAGCUAUUUCUGUUUGUGGCUUUUUUCUCUUUUUGCGGAAGCGGUAUGAUUAUAACGUUCAUUCCACCUUUUGCCAGAGAUAAUGGUAUUUCUAACGACAAAAUAACAAUUUUAAUUACAAUAAUUGGUGGGUGUGAUCUUUUCGCACGAUUUACAUUAGCUUGGAUAACCGAUUCAAAAAAAAUAAAACGUCACCAUAUAAUGGGAUUUUGUUUAGGAAUAACUGGUGUUGCUUCCAUGUUGAACCCGUUAUACACAAGUUUUUCAGCUUUUAUUGGAUAUUCUGUUAUUUAUGGACUGUUUGGAAGCAUUUAUUUCUCUAUGUCAAUUUUGGUACUAAGAGACUGUGUGGGAGCCGAAAAUAUUUCAGCGGCUUUAUCUCUGAUGAUUACAAUUCAUGGUUUGUCAUCUGUAAUAAUUGCACCGUCAGUUGGUUUUAUCCGUGAUACAACAGGAUCAUAUGCCGGUUCUUUUUUUCUAAUGGGUUCCGGUCUUAUUCUUGGAUCUGUUGGUAUAUUCUGUCAGCCAUUAGUCAAGUAAAGACACAAAAAUUACUGAAUAAGACAUGUAAUAAUGUUAUAAUUAUGUUACUGAUGUCUGUCAUGUUAUUGGUAUAAAUAUGUAAAAGUGAA